CAUGACUAUGUCUCAGUUGCUGGAUCAUGUGGCAAUUUUGUUUUUCUGUGUCUUAAAAGCCAGCUCUCUGCAUACGUUUACUGCAGCUGUUUAUGAGCAUGCAGUGAUAUUGCCUAAUGCCACCCUGAUACCGGUGUCCCAUGAAGAGGCCUUGCUAUUAAUAAACCAAAAUCUGGAUCUUUUGGAGGGAGCAAUCACAUCAGCAUCAAAGCAGGGUGCACAUAUUAUUGUGACUCCAGAAGACGGUAUUUAUGGCUUUAACUUCAGCAGGGAAUCUAUCUACCCAUACUUGGAGGACAUCCCAGACCCUCAAGUGAACUGGAUCCCUUGUAAUAAUCCCAACAGAUUUGGCCGCACCCCAGUGCAAGAAAGGCUCAGCUGUCUGGCCAAGGACAACUCCAUCUACAUCAUGGCAAAUAUUGGGGACAAGAAGCCAUGCAAUACCAGUGACCCUCACUGUCCCCCUGAUGGUCGUUACCAAUACAACACUGAUGUGGUGUUUGAUUCUGAGGGGAAACUGGUGGCCCGCUACCACAAGCAAAAUCUUUUCUUGGGUGAAGAUGAGUUCAAUGCUCCCAAGGAACCUGAGGUUGUGACUUUCAACACCACCUUUGGAAAGUUUGGCAUUUUCACGUGCUUUGAUAUUCUCUUCCAUGAUCCUGCUGUGACUCUGGUGAAAGAUUUCCACGUGGACACCAUACUCUUCCCGACAGCUUGGAUGAAUGUUUUGCCACAUUUGUCAGCUAUUGAAUUCCACUCAGCUUGGGCUAUGGGUAUGGGAGUCAACUUCCUUGCAUCCAAUCUACAUUACCCCUCAAAGAAAAUGACAGGAAGUGGCAUCUACGCACCUGAUUCUCCAAGAGCAUUUCAUUAUGAUAUGAAGACAGAGGAGGGAAAACUCCUCCUCUCACAACUGGCCUCCCACCCACACCCCACAGCAGUAGUGAAUUGGACUUCCUAUGCCAGUGGUAUAGAAGCCCCCUCAAGGGGAAACCAGGAAUUUAAGGGCAUCAUCUUUUUUGACGAGUUCACCUUCUUGGAGCUCAAAGGAGUCGCAGGAAAUUACACAGUUUGUCAGAAAGAUCUCUGCUGUCAUCUAAGUUACAGGAUGUCUGAGAAGAGAUCAGAUGAAGUUUAUGUACUAGGGGCAUUUGAUGGACUACAUACUGUGGAAGGGAGCUAUUAUUUACAGAUUUGUACUCUGUUGAAGUGUAAAACAACGGACUUACACACUUGUGGUGAUUCAGUUGAAACUGCUUCCACCAGGUUUGAAAUGUUCUCCCUCAGUGGCACUUUUGAAACCCAGUAUGUCUUCCCUGAGGUGCUGCUGAGUGAAAUUCAGCUUGCACCUGGAGAAUUUCAGGUGUCAAGUGAUGGACGCUUGUGCAGCCAGAAGCCACUAUCUGGACCUAUCUUGACAGUAACUCUGUUUGGAAGGUUAUAUGAGAAGGAUAGUUCACCAAAUGCUUUCUCAGACCCCAUGGCACAGGUACUGAGAGUAAUGCUCAUAGUUGUAAUACCUAUUGUGUACUCAUUAAGUUGGUAGAAUAUUUACAUUUUCUCUCUUUUACUUCAGAUCAUUUAAGUGGAUGUGAAAAGAAGAAUGGGUCUGGGAUGUUGAUAAUAGUGGCCAUGGUCUAUCAUAUCAGUGAAUUACUAAUACUUUUCCUUCUGUUUAGACAAAUACACACACACACACACACACACACACACACACGACAAUAUAAACCAGAUAAAUAGUGAAAGAAUUUUGAAAGGUAAAAUCUGUAAAAUGAGAACAACAAUUAUACCCACCUGUUAGGUUUCUUUGGUGAGAAUUAAAUAAGUUACUGCAGUUAAAGUCCUUAGACAAAUUCCCAACUCAUGGAAAGCAUUCUAUAUAUGUUAGCUAUUACAAUGAUAUAGGACUAUCACAGAAAAACCAACUGUGAUGUAUUUAUUGCUAAAAUUAUAUCGCCUCUGAUUGUACAAAGUGCAUAUAUUUUCCAACAGUUCAGCCACUCUGCAUAUUUCAGUUAGAAAAUCAAUGAACUCAACAUCAGCCAGUUGGAUGUGGUUUGAUAUCUAGCACUAAGGUAUCCCAGAAGGCAGCUGGGCUUACAUCUAGGAAUCUGCUCAAGAGCCUUAAUGUUUUUUAUGUGCUUUUCAGUGGUGAUUUCCUGCCUAUUUAGUGCUUUGCCUAUCUUGUCAACCUGUAAGCAAGCUAAUAGGGUGGCUCUAAAAUAUUCAUUUAUCAAACGUGGCCUGUUGUUCUGUUUUUGUAUGAGCUAAGAAAGGUUUUUAUGUUUAUAAAGGUUUGAAAAAGAAAAUAAAAAGAAGACAUUUUGUGACACAUGAAAAUUAUUUGAAACUCAAAAUUUAGUCUCCAUACCUAAAGUUUUAUUGAACACAGUCAUGUUUCUUUGUUUAGUAUUUUUGAUGGUUGUUUUCGUGCUACAAUUGUGGAAUGGAGUAGAUGUGAUAGAGACCACAUGGCUAAAAAGGGUGAAAGUAUUUACUACAUUUACAGAAAAACAUUGCUGUCUCCUGCUCUAAAGUAUUAAAUAACAAUGGAUUAUAGUAUUGAAAACCUUUAAUACAAAUCAAUAGGCAAAUAGUCCUUGAGUGUCUUUCUUGUAAUUCUUCCACCCAAGGAGAAAUAAAAUAUUCCAAUUUGCUUUCUGUUAUAUUAACACCACAAAAGGAUUACCUUUAAUAAUUUUUGACCAAAUAUGCCUAUUAGGCUAAUACCCCAAACAAGUGAAUAUAAUUUUUAUAAACAUGAUUAAUAUCUAAUCAUUAUAAGAUACCACAUCAUAGUCUUUUGUUGCAUUGGUGUGUUCUAAAAUUUUUGAAAAAAAUUGUUAGUUUUUAUUUUCAAAUUUUUCCUGGAGAUCAACUAAGAACUACUUGUAUUAAUAUACUAUCUGAUAUUUUUCUCUGUGACAACUUUGCUUGUUUGUCUUAGAAUGAUUUUUCUUAAAAUUUAACAUUGCAGCAGUGAAUUCACUUUUAAAAAUGUUAUUUACUACAUCCAUACCCAGCUCUGAUUACUUUUUCACUCUGGACUUCUUUAAUGCAUAUAUGUUUUUAAUGAUAGUUUUGAUGUGCUUUUUAACUGUAAUUUUUCUUUCUUCUGCAUAAAAUAUUUGUGAUGCUCAUUUGAUACAAACAAGCCAAUUCUAAGAAAGACCAAUGCUCAAAUACACUUUAAAAAAAUAAGCUAUCUAUUUAUACCUUGACAAAUGUAAAUGGUCCAGAGAGAAACUUUAGACCCUUCCUCAUUUAAUGAUAUAAUUUACGUUAUCAACUUCAUGAUGAUGUAACACACACACACACACACACACACACACACACACACACACACUCUCUCACUGUGGCAGCCCAUUCCAAGAUGCCCUCAAUGAUCCUCACCUCCAGUCUCCAUGGAGAGAUUCUCCAUGAUUAACUCUUCUGCUCUUAUUUCUUAUACAAUUUCUGAGCCUUAUCACCUACAAUAAGUCUGAAUUCAUUACCACUUUUACUAUAACACGUAUCUUUUACUCUGUUCUGCUUAAGACCCCCAAUGAUUUUAUUUAUGUAAUAUGUUAGUUAUUUUCCUAAACAAUACAUUUCAGUUCUCUUAUGAGCUGACUUAUGUGUCCCUGAAAUUCAUACACUGAAGUCCUAACUCCAUACCUGAGAAUGUGACUGUAUUUGGAGAUAGGGUUUUAAAGAAGUAAAAUGAGGUCAUUAGGGUGGACCCUAAUCCAAUAUGACUGGUGUUCUUAUAAGAAAAGCAGAUUAGGACACAGACGUGCACAGGGGGUAGACCAUGUGAAGACACAGAAGAAGAUGGCUAUCUACAAGGCAAGGAGAGAGGCCCUCAGAAGAAAUCAAGCAUGCUGACACUUCUAGCCUCCAGAAUGAGAAAAUAAAUUUCUGUUGUUUAA